UCAUUGUUCACCACCACUUUGCCAUGGAGAGGCGAAGCCAAGUGGAAAGGGAAUUGGAGCCAUGGCUUCGGCUGGAAAACAAGGUUGUAAUGGUGACCGGCGCAUCGUCCGGCUUGGGCCGAGAGUUCUGCUUGGACUUGGCUAAAGCCGGCUGCAGAGUCAUAGCCGCGGCUAGGAGAAUGGACCGGCUGCAGUCUCUGUGCCACGAGAUCAACAGUGCCUCACCCGAAGCCAACCAGCCGAGAGCCGUGGCCGUGGAGCUCGACAUCAGCGCGACCGGCUCUGCCGUUGAAGCUUCUGUGCAGAAGGCUUGGGAUGCCUUUGGAAGAAUUGAUGCUUUGAUCAAUAAUGCCGGCAUUAGAGGGAAUGUGAAAUCGUCAUUGGAUAUCUCGGAGGAGGAAUUCAACAAUGUGGUGAAAACGAACUUGAUCGGAUCGUGGCUGGUAUCCAAAUAUGUUGGCGCACGGAUGCGUGCAGCCGGCUGCAGCGGCACGAUCAUCAACAUCUCCUCCGGGUCCGGAUUGGGUCGAGCGGAACAAGUCGGGAGUGUUGCCUAUACUUCAUCAAAAGCUGGCCUUAACCACAUGAUUAGGGUGAUGGCUCUAGAAAUGGGAGCUUACAAUGUUAGGGUGAAUGUUGUUGCUCCAGGAAUGUUCGAAUCAGAGAUAACUGAGGGGCUUUUUCGGAAGAAUUUGCUGAAAAAAGUGGUGAAAAAGGUGAUUCCAUUGAGAGAUCUUGGAAAGACAAAUCCAGCAGUUACAUCUCUGAUUCGAUAUUUGGUUCAUGAUUCUUCCAAAUACGUCUCUGGAAAUGUCUUCAUUGUUGAUUCUGGUGGCACUCUCCCUAGUUUUCCUCUUUAUUCUUCCCUCUGACUUUCAAACUUGUCAAUUUGGAUUGGAUCCCUAAUACUUUCCCUAUUCCAUUCCAUACUCCACUCCUCACAAACAUAAAUAUGAUGAUAGGCCCCUCACUUAUGUUUAUGAGGGGUGGAAUAGGGGAUGAAGUAUGGAAAGUAUUAGGUGAUUCCAACUGGGAUUCGAGGUGUCUUCGUCACAAAAAUAAAUAAAAUGGUUUUAGACUCA